AUGACUGUCUUGGAAGUUAUUAACGUUGGAUGCGCAAUCCUGUCGGCUUCUGCAGAGGUAGCCCCGUUCGUCCAAAAAUACAUGUCAAACAAAAACUCCAAGAACAUGGAGGCAAGAAGGGCUUCACGUCAAGCGACAGUAGAGACCGACGAUGAGGACGAUGACGAGCGCUCUCCGGCAAGUCCUCGAUCCGGAUCAUCUCAGGAAGAGCGUAUAGGCCCUGGAGAGUUGAAAGACCUCAUGCGAACACUUCAAGCGCAGUCAGAAGCAGUCCAAGCACACUCGCAAAUGAUCUCGCAUUUGGUGCAAGAAAGGGGUCUGCCGGAUUCUGAUAGACUUUCAAGCAUUCCUGAAGAGUCCAAGAUACAAUCAAUAUCUUUCCUGGACGAUGAAUUCCAACGCAUGGCUCUCAAAACUUCAUUUCAAGAUUUCGCUUUCCCACCAUUGAACGAGGCACCGCAAAUCGAUCUUAGCACUUCCAUGUCACGGACUUCGUCUACUUCCAUUUCGAACGCUUCUAUGCCGUCCUCCCCGGCAACCUCUGUAUCGAGCGUGUCCUCCUUCUCAUCACCAACUGAAAAUCGCCGUUUGUCUUUUGGAUGUCCGCCUUCGUCUUAUCCUAUGCACAGUCUGGCUCAACCAUCAUCGCCAACAGCGUCAUUUUCAAGCGCGUCCACCUCAGUCCCCAGUAUGACUCGUCGCGUCUCUUUUGGAUCUUCAACCUCGAGAGUUUCAUCGAACCCAGCAAAGAGAUUUUCAGCCGAGAUGUCUGUCGAGAAAGCGCUAUGGGCUCCUCUUCCAAACAAGUAUCAAGGGUCUCGCAGAUCUCUCUCGAGAACAAAAACAAUGCCACUUCCUAUACCAGAACAACAACAACGCUCACAACGUCAAUUUCCCGAGAUACCGUCCGAGAAAGCUCUUUCGUAUCCACCAAUGAAUCGCUAUCCAUCGAAGUCGACUGGGUCACCUCCGCCGUCUACACUUGCAAAUAUACCGAGACGAAGUAGCUCUUCUCGCAUCGAUAUUGGACCAAGGGCUUCCUCGUUCUCUCAGCAAACGCGAGGCCCUUCCUCAAAGACAAUUCAACCUCCUGCACCUCCCCAACGUGCCUUAUCAUUCUCUUCACAGUCAAAACAUCGCCAUGCAUCCUUACAGACACUUCAACCUCCUAUCUCUCUUCGUCGACCCUCAGACAUUCCUUCUAAAGAGCAAUGGCGCAGCUCUCUCAAAUCCGCCCAAAAUCCACCGUCACCACAACCUUCACCACAGUCAUACUCUCCAACCCCCAGCAUAGCAUCAACCAGCUCAGCCCCAACACCAAUCCCGGCAUCAAGCCUAAUAAUGUAUCAAACACCAAAAGCACCCUCCGACUCCUUCAACCUCAUCCUCUCCCCUCAAACCCUCACAGACCUACAACCUCACCUCCCAACUAUCCCCCACGAACAAAUAACCCACCACGCCUCCACAUGGUCCUACGCACAAACCCUAGACCAACUCCUACACCCCGAUCACUGCCACCUCAAAGGCUCGGACACCCUCUGUCGAUCCUACCUUUCCUCAUCCAUACGUUCCUACAUCUCUACCCUCGCUUUCUCCCUCGCCGGCGAAAGAGAGAAUUUCCCGCUUAUGUUGUUUCUAUUUCGUUUCGUGAUGUUGUUUGGUGUUGAUGUUUUGAGGGGUGUACCUAGCCAGUGUGGAGAUCCGACGGGGUUGAGGGAGGUGGAGAGUAGUUAUAUGCUUGCGGGGGAGAUUUUUGAGGUGUUGGAGGGAAGGGAGGGGGAGAUGUGA